AUGUUGGAAGACUUAGCACAAAGGUUCUCUGGUAUCAAGGUUGCUAGGAAGUUAAGAGACAUUAAAGUCAAAUUAAAGAAAUGGAACAAGGAAGUUUAUGGUAACAUUAAGACAAAUCUAGAAUACAAUAUUCAACACUUGGAUUGGAUCACCAAAAUUCAAUUUAACAACAAUAGGGGACAGGCUAUCAGAGAUGCUAAGAAGAAAGUUGAACAUUGGCAGAAUAUCCAAGAAAGCUUCUGGAAGACUAAAAGCAGGGACCAGCUCAUCAAACUUGGAGAUAAAAACACCAUCUACUUCCAUAUAUCAGCCAAGAAAAGAUAUAGAAGGAAUAAAAUUGUCUCAAUCCAACAAGAAAAUGGCAAUUGGCUACAUAACAGUAAUGAGAUAGCUCUUUACUUCACCAAUCAUUUUUUUACUAUGGCUACAGCUGAACCUAUAACCAUCAAUCAAUCCCUCAUAAAUCUCAUUCCCACCACCAUAACCAACACUGAGAACAGUAAUCUUUUAAGAACUCCUGAUGCAGUAGAAAUCAAAGAUAUUCUAUUUAGCAUGGCAGGGGACAAGGAUCCAGGACCUAAUGGCUUCCUACCAAAUUUCUUCCAAGCUAUCUAG